GGGCGAGUAUCACGUGGCAAAAGGGCACAAAUAGAUGACAAACGCCCAAACAGCCUUCGCCUGUGCACUCACGUCUUGUCAUCUACCACCACAUCCAUACACUCCCCUCGUCCUAGACUCUCUAAGUUCAAGCCUUCGCAUUAAUAUUAUUGCAUAGUCAUGGCUCUCAAGCGCAUUAACAAGGAAUUGAUUGACCUCGGGCGCGACCCACCCUCCUCCUGCAGCGCCGGACCUACUGGCGAUAACAUGUUCCAAUGGCAAGCAACGAUCAUGGGGCCUGGUGACUCACCUUACGCCGGCGGCGUGUUUUUCUUAUCGAUCACAUUCCCGACCGAUUACCCCUUCAAGCCGCCCAAGGUCAGCUUCACCACCAAGAUCUACCACCCCAACAUCAACGCCAACGGCUCGAUCUGUCUCGACAUCUUGAGGGAUCAGUGGUCACCAGCGUUGACCAUCUCGAAAGUUUUACUUUCGAUUUGUUCAAUGUUGACAGACCCCAACCCUGAUGACCCCCUGGUGCCCGACAUUGCGCAUUUGUACAAGACCGAUCGGGCCCGGUACGAGGCAACGGCGCGGGAGUGGACAAGGAAGUAUGCUAUGUAGUAAACGUGGAUCACUCCGAUGGUUUCCUGGUGUAUCAUUCAGUCUCAUGGCUCUAUAUUCUUGUACCAAUUCAUUCCUUCAUGUGACGCAAUCAACGCUUUCUUACGAAGAUGUACCUAUAAUUGUCGUCGGCGUGUUGUAAGAGGAGCGAUCGGUUUUC